AUGAGUGAAAAAUUCAUUGAAGAGUAUGCAAGUGAACCUCAGAGCAGUAUAACGUUGGAUGAGGACAAACACGUCAGAGCAACACCAGCAGCUUAUCAUCCGAAGCGACGAUGGAUAUCGUCACUGUUAAGAGCAACUUUUUGGCGAUCGUUAUUCAUAGAGAUAUUCUUACCGCGAGGCUAUCCGCACUCUGUUUCGUCCGAUUAUAUCGAUUAUCAAAUCUGGGAUACCGUACAAGCGUUCGCUAGCUCGAUGACUUCAGCGCUGGCCACCGAGGCAGUACUUCGAGGAGCUGGAGUUGGAGAUCAGAAUGCAUCAGCGUUAGCCGCAACGAUAACAUGGUUACUUCGCGAUGGCUUAGGUAUGAUCUCAAGGAUUUUAUUCGCAUGGUCACAGAGCGCUCAAUUGGAUGCUGACUGCAAACGAUGGCGUUUAGUGGCGGAUAUGCUGAACGAUUUGGCAUUCUCGAUUGAGCUUCUGGCAGCGAUCUUUCCGAAUCUGUUCACUCUAUUGGUUUGCUUCUCCUCUCUGGCCAGAUCAAUUGUGGCCGUGGCCGGAGGUGCUACACGAACAACUGUCGUGCAACAUCAGGCUCGUGCGAACAAUGUCGCUGACGUUUCGGCGAAAGAUGGAUCGCAAGAGACACUCGUCAACGUGACAGCUCUCGUUUGUAGUCUAAUCUUUUUGCCUUUAGUUAGUGGACAUACACUUUUGGUGUGGAUAUUCUAUACGAUAUUUACGGCCACACAUCUUUUCGCGAAUUAUCGAGCCGUGAAAUCGUUACACUUUGAUACGAUCAAUCAAAAACUGCUCAACCAACUGACAAGGUAUCGUGAACUCGUUGAAGUUAUUGUUGUGCUUUUCGUCAGAACAGUAAAUGUCCAUCGAUAUUAA